ACGUGGUCAGAUAAGGCUGAGAAGCCAACCCUGGCCCAGAGGUGGUGCCCUCGGGCCAGUGGGGUGAGGUGCCUGGGGGCUCGCGUUUCAGAGGCUGCCAGGGCUGGGGCCGUCGACGCCCCCUGAAACUGGACUCGCCCUCCCCACCUCCCCUUCUCCUGUUUCACUGUCCCGGCCCAGCAGCUGCAGGUGCACCCAUCCGCCAGGAACUUGGCGAACCUAAGGAGGGAGACACACAACACAGGCGCCGAUGGGGGUGGCUGCCUAGAUCAAACUGUCCCGCUCCCGUGGCGAAGCUUCCUCUGGAGACGCAGAGAGUACAGCACAUAGAAAGCUAGAGAGCCCCCACCCAACGCCAUUUUGGAGACUCACGCUCCUUCUCUCAACUUCGAACAAUGUAAAGUCAGCUGGAAGAAGACAAGAUGGCGCCGAGCAGGAGGAGCGGAGAAAGGCAGGAGGAUAACUCUCGGUACCGAAGCGGAAGCGUAAACAAAGGCGCGAAAGGUGGCACUGCGCAGGCGUACAACUUUGGCACGCUUUAAAAUUCGAGCAGCAGGGAGGGUGUGUCCAGAAACUGUCGUCUCCGGAAGAGACCUAUUUUACGCUAACGAAGGUGGGACGGCGUAAGAAAGAGCGGGGACCGGGGGCGGUCCUGCUUAGUCGCGGGAAGACAGGAGGCGGAGUGCCCAGAGCGCGCAUGCGCACCGUAAAUCAAUGGCGGGCUGAGGGACGGGCGGAAGCUAGCUUUGCAAUAUGGCGGCUGAGGCAGACGGGCUACUCAAACUGGUGCUGGUGCCGAUUCUUUUACCUGAGAAAUGCUACGACCAAAUUUUCGUCCAGUGGGACUUGCUUCACGUUCCCUGCCUCAAGAUUCUUCUCAGCAAAGGCCUGGGGCUGGGCAUUGUGGCUGGGUCACUUCUGGUAAAACUGCCCCAAGUGUUUAAACUCCUGAGAGCCAAGAGUUCCGAAGGGUUGAGUUACCAGUCCAUAGUGCUAGAGUUAGUAGCAUUGACUGGGACCAUGGUCUACAGCAUCACCAGAAACUUCCCCUUCAGCUCUUGGGGUGAAGCCUUGUUCCUGAUGCUCCAGACAAUCACCAUCGCCUUCCUGGUCCUGCACUACAGAGGACAAACCAUGAAAGGUGUCGCUUUCCUAGUGUGCUAUGCCCUGGGCCUGCUGGUGCUGCUUUCACCACUGACACCUGUGGCUGUAGUCACCCUCCUCCAGGCCUUCAACGUGCCUGCUGUGGUGGUGGGAAGGUUGCUCCAGGCAGCCACCAACUAUCGCAACGGGCACACUGGCCAGCUCUCAGCAAUCACAGUCUUUCUGCUCUUUGGAGGGUCCCUGGCUCGAAUCUUCACCUCCAUUCAGGAAACUGGAGACCUCCUCAUGGCUGGAACUUUUAUAGUCUCUUCUCUCUGCAAUGGCCUCAUCGCUGCCCAGCUCCUCUACUACUGGAAUGCAAAAGCUCCCCACAGGAAGAAAAAGGAACAGUAAAGUUCAGCUGGCUACUGAAAGUACAUUCCAUGUUUCAUUCACCCACCCAACCUCAGGGCCCUUCUCAUCUUAACCAGCCUGUUGGUGUGACCAUUCCCCAUCCUUCUGCAGUUGCAACUUUAGUAGAAAUGCUUGGUUGUCCCAAAUCCUUAGGAUAGGAGUAGAGAUUUUCAGGCUGACAUUUUGACAUCUAUUGUGUGCUGUCCGGUGUAUUACUAUUGACUUGUUUAGUCAUUUGGCUGAGAUUCUUCCUUUAGUAGAAGUUUAUAGCUACUUAACUAUUCCAGGCAAAAGUCUUACCCUGUCCUCCCAUCUCCCCACUUCCCUUCUAGCCCUAGAGGACAGAGCCUGGACAGUGGAAGGGACUAGGCAUUUGUGGCUGCCUCCCUUCCCCAGCCCAACCCAGACUGUCUCCUGGACCCCGGUGUAGGGUUCGGGGGCAGGGGGAGGGGGACAGAAAAAUGACUCAGGCAGGGCCCCAGGGUUGGGUGAGGAGGUUCCUGCUCUGGCAGGUCCAGGCAGAAGGGAGUGGAAACCAUGCUGGUUCCUGCUGCAGUGAAGAGGAACAGAUGGGACAAUAAAGACUCAGAGACAUGGUUUAAUCAUAUAAAA